AUGCCGCCGGUUUAUGUAAAAGAGGGCGAGCUCAGCACGCGCGAGUUUUCGCGGCUGUUGCGGCGCGGCAUGCCCGUCGUUGUGCGCGAACUGCUCGAUAAGCUGAAUGCCAACAUCUGGACGCCUCAACAUUGGAUCACUUCCUUUGGGUCCGAGCGCGUCAGCAUCCUUGACUGCAAAAAUGACGCUGAGCCCUCAAAGCCCGAUCUGCCGCGCUCCACCUGGGCCGAACACAAGACGAGCCUCGAGAAUGGCAUUCUCAAGCUAAAGGAUUGGCCGCCGACGCAGGACUUCCAGCAGCUGCUACCCAGGCACUUCAUGCACUUUAUGGCGUCGCUGCCGUUCCGCGAGUACACGCAGCGCGACGGCCACUUCAACCUGGUCAACCGCCUGCCGUCUGGCGUCGUGCCACCGGAUCUCGGACCCAAGAUGUACUGCGCAUACGGAUCCAGGGACGACGGUGGGGGUUUUGGCACGACCAAUCUGCACUGCGACAUGUCUGACGCGGUCAACAUCAUGGCGUACGCGUCGAAGAGCUUUUUGCGCGCCAACAACAUCGCUACUGCUGCUGCCGUCUGGAACAUCUUUCCGUCGGCGAGCCGCGCCACGCUGCGAAAGUUCAUCACCGAGCACAAGGCAGAGGGCAUGUUCAUUUCGGAUGCUAUUCACGACCAGGCCUUCUUCCUCACGCGCGGCGACCGCCAGCAGCUCUUCGACAAGUAUGGCGCCAAGCUCGGGAGCAGCUAUGUCAUUCACCAAAAUCCGGGGGACGCCGUCUUUGUGCCUGCCGGGAGCCCGCACCAGGUGUGCAACUAUGCGAACGCAGUCAAGAUCGCCAUGGACUUUGUCUCCCCCGAACGCGUCGCCGAGUGCAGCGCGCUGACCAAGGAUUUUGCGCGCCUCAGGUCGCCUCACCCACGCAGCCACGACAACCUGCAGCUGGUGAAGAUUCUGUGGUACACCUUU